UGGUGUGAGGUACGUGAUUGAUUCCGGGUUGAGGAAAGUUAAGGUAUGGAAACACCUGUUGGGUCUAUCGACGUUGUUGACCACCACCAUAUCCCAGGCGUCCGCCAAACAGAGAGCUGGUAGAGCUGGUAGAGAGGCACCAGGGAAAGUAUUUAGGUUGUACCUGGAGAAGGUAUUCAACGAACGGCUUCCAAAGGAACAGGAGUCCGAGAUCAUGAGAAACGAUAUUGUGUUGCCGGUGUUAACGUUGAAGAAGAUCGGGGUGGACGAUCUCUUGAACUGGCCGUGGCUUGAGCAUCCGGGUGAAGAGGCUAUUCUUAGUGCUUUGUCCAACUUGUACUCGUUGGGGGCGUUGGAUGGUAAUGGAAAAAUCACCACCCUUGGCUACAAAAUGGCCAUUUUGCCGUUGCCUCCUCAGCUUUCGGCAGUGCUAAUCACUGCCAUCGACAAUGGAGUCGUCAAGGAUGUGGUGGAUAUAGUUGCAUGUUUAUCGGUGGAUAACCUUAUAUUGAAUGUCACUGGAGGAGACGGGGAGCAGCGACACGAGGUCAAUGUUAGGCGCAGAACCUACUGUCCUUUGGGGUGCCAGUAUGGAGAUUUGAUCGCCUUUAAAGAGUAUUUCAGUCAUUUCGAAGAGUUGUUAAAUGCGGGCAACGUCGCUGAGGCCAAAGACUGGUGCCAUGACUUGCACUUUAGCUACAAAGGAUUCCGAAACGUCUUGAGAGUAAGACAGCAGUUGAAGGAGUACAUGUUGACGACCAUCAAGCAAGACGACCGGUUAACGGGUGGUCAGAAAGAAAAAGCCCUCUUGAACUUGAGGUCCCAGCUCCUGCUUGACAUGGAAUUGCAGCAAGAAUUGGUUAGACAACCACUCAACAUCCCGGAGAUCCUCAAGUGCUUUGUUAGAGGCUACAUCACCAACACGGCCAUUGGAAUGCCCGACAGGUCCUAUAGAACCUGUAACAACGGCCUGUUGAUCAGUAUUCAUCCUUCAUCGAAUCUCUUUGGAAAGGCCAACCUCGACUCAAUCAUGUACGUAGAGUAUGUGUUCACCAGCAAGGGGUACGCACGGAACUGUUCUGCCAUUGAGCUUUCCUGGUUGCAAGAAAUUGCUCCGCAUGUGCUUGGAGGAACCAAGGUCAGCAUCAAUGAGUAAUAGUAAGUAUGACUAUAGCAUUAGAAAAGUGAGCAGCAUUAGGCU